CGUGUCUGUCACAACAGCCCAUCCCCAAGAAUGCAUCAAUGCAGCUCUCGCGCCUUUUGUUCCUCGUUUCCCUGCUCCUCGCGCCCCUAGCCCUCCUCGGCACAACAUGGCUCUACACGUACCCGCUGCUGCACGGCUGUGCGUUUCCCCUGCCCCCAGCCAAUACCAGUAACGCACCAGCGCCCUUCCGCCUCCUCGCGCUCGGCGACCCGCAACUCGAGGGCGACUCCUCGCUGCCCGACCCCAACGCGCUCGUGUUCCCGUCCCUCGCGCACUUCGCGCAGCACUACGACUUGUGGGAUUUGUCGCCGCGGCUGGCUAAGAACACGGUAAAGGGGAUUGCUGGGGAUGUUGGCGUGUGGCUCGAGGGGAAGAGGAAGGCGGUAGAUCUUUGGGGGAAUGAUCUUUAUCUUGCGCAUAUUGUGAGCGUGUUGAGGUGGUGGACUAGGCCGAGUCAUGUGGCUGUUUUGGGGGACUUGUUGGGGAGUCAGUGGAUUAGUGAUGGGGAGUUUGAGGGGAGGGGGAGGAGGUAUUGGGGCGUUGUUAUGAGGGGGUUGCAGAAGGUGCCGGAUUGGUUUUAUGGGGUCCUCGGCGCAGACGAGUCUUGGUCGAAAAGAGUCAUAAACAUCGCCGGAAACCACGACAUCGGCUACGCAGGUGACCUGGACGAAUCCCGCAUCGCGCGCUUCGAACAAGCAUUCGGCAGUGUGAACUGGGACAUAUGGUUCACAUUGCCAGCGUCCACGACCAACACCACUUCCCCACCCCCCGCCCUCCGUCUCAUAAUCCUCAACUCAAUGAACCUCGACACGCCUGCCCUGGCCCCCGCCCUCCAAACAGAAACAUACGACUUUCUCAACCACCUGAUCUCCACUUCGCGCCCCGUCGCCGAUAAAUCUGUCUCCACCAUUCUGCUCACGCAUAUCCCUCUCCACAAGGAAGCUGGUAUAUGUGUCGACGCGCCCUUCUUCGACUUUUUCAACGGCGAUGAGGGCGGCGGCGUUAAGGAGCAGAAUAUGCUUAGUGACCAUGCGAGUAAGAUGCUGCUGGAAGGCAUCUUUGGGCUCGGCGAGAGGGCUGACGGCGGGAGUGGGCGGCGCGGCGUUAUUGUAGGUGGGCAUGAUCAUGAAGGAUGUGGCGUGCUGCAUUAUCUGGGCACGAAGGAGGAAGAGAAGUCGCUGGAUGAGACUGUUGCUGGCGACGCUCUUACUUCUGCCCGCCGCUACGCCUCCUCCCUCCCACUCCCAGACGCUCCGCACCUGCGCGAGAUCACGCUGCGCAGCAUGAUGGGCGAUUUCGGCGGAUAUGCAGGCUUCCUCAGCGCAUGGUUCGACGCCGAGCUCGGGGAGUGGCAGAUGGGGUUCGAGACGUGUGGGGUGGGUGUGCAGCAUUGGUGGUGGGGGGUGCAUGUUGUGGAUUUGAUUGCUGUGUUGGUUGGGGUUGCGGGGGUACUUGGAUAUUACGGGCUAUUCUUAUGGGUAGAUUAUGGAUGUCUUCCUCACAACUACAGUGGCGUGAAAGUUGCUGUCAAGGGUAAGCGCAUAAUGAGAGAUUAG